UUUCUACUAUUUUUAAUUAGGGCUGAAACGAUUCCUCGAGGGAUUCGAGGACCUCGAUUAUUAAAAUCCCUCGAGGAAAUUUAUCUGCCUUGAAGCUUCGUUAAAUUAUAUUUUAUUAGCCUAUUUAAUGAACCGAGUUCCGGCCGGGUUAUUAUUAACGAAGAACAGAGAUUCACUUCCUACUGAGUUGUUGACGAACGCUAAGUGUUAGCAGCAGUUUUCAAGUUCGGCCGCCUGGGAGGAUUUUAUUUAUUGAUGAUAAUGUCUGGGUCUUUUGUCAUUUUUCGGGGGACCAAUAAGCAUCUUUAAAAUGACUGGCGCGAUGCCUGGAGUACGGCAGCUUUUCGGUUCAGAGCGAACAGUGGGGAAGAGCGCUGAAGGUGUAUUUACAAAGGUGACCGGAUAGACUGAACACAACCGGAAAAUUUAUUUCAUAUCAUCCUGGUCUCAACAGAACGGGAUGGCAGAUGUGUUUCUGUGUGUGAUUAACAAAGGUCUCAAAUCCCGUCGCUAACAUGAACACUAAAACUAUAAAUGUCUGCUAGUUAUUUGAAAUUUUGGAAAAUGCCAGUAAGGCUGGCUGCAAUUGUUUUGGUUUGAAAGAAGUUUUGGAAACAGCUUUUUGAAAAAUGUGGUACAUGUAGUCUCCAUGGAUACAUUGAUUAAAUAACAACACACAUUUUUAUCCUUAUAAAAAACUUUAGAAAACAAUCAAUGUGUGCCUGUUGAUUUCACAAAGUAACUAAAUUAUUUACUCAAGACCAGAAAGACAGUGUUUCGUUCCACUCCAUUUUAGUGGAAGUUACUUGAUGUUAACAGUGAAUGUUAAAAUUCAUUAGAAAAACAAGGAAUUCAGUUUCAGGUAGUCCAGUGGUGAUUCAUUUGUUAGUUAAAAUAUUGGUGGAACACAUAAACACUGCUUAUGUGGUUUAAAAAGUCAUUUCUGGUUUUAAAAGAUCUGUUUUGUUUUAUUCAGAUCUUUGGAAUAAGAAGUAAACCUGGUCCAGGUUUCAGAAAAUGCCUCAAAAACACAUUUGGUCUCCUUGGAUACGUUGCUUGAAAUAAAACCUUAAUACUUGAAUAUUAGAAAAGAUUUUAGAUAUAUAUUUCUCCUGUAUUAUUUCUAAAUAGUUUAUUUAGAUCCCUGCUUCAAAAGGUCUACAUCUAUAAAACCUUUAAUUUUAUACAUGUACAUUUCUGCUGUUGGCUAUAUAUGGGAGUAUGAAGGUAGUACUGAGGGGUUUCAGAGUAGCUGUGGCUGUGAUUGUGAAAAGUUAUGGAGCUCAAAGGAAUCUAGUUUAAGUAGCUAUAAUUAAGGUUUUGAUACUUUUGAAGUAUAAUAGUAAUGAAUGGAUCACGUAUCUUAUCCUUGGCUAUUAUUAAGAAUGUAAAAUGUACCUGUAGCAUCAAAGAUUAGUGAGGAUGGGCUUGUUGUCUUUAAUAAUUGAUUGGUACCAAGGUGAAGCUGCAAGUUUGUUUGUCUGAGUGGUGAUGGUCUAUAUAUGUUUGAUCAUUGAAUUUUAGAGUGUGUUCUGUCUUUUUUAUGUAAAAUUGUGUUUUUUGCUGUUUUGUGUGACUAAAGAUCAGCUUUAUUUAUUUUAUCUCCUAAUUCCCAUCCUUGUUGUUUAAUCACAUCUGGCAUAGCAAUAAUAUUGUUCAUUAAAUAUAUUCAAGAAAAACAAACACAUUCACAAACCUGGGUAGUUGUAUUGUUGGUAUUUCAGUGUUCCUUCUAAACAUUCCUUUGGAGGUCAAGAUACUGAAUUAUAGCUUUUUUUGCUUUGUUUUUUUUCUUCACAGCCCAUACCAUGGCGCUUCCAGCAGAUGGAUCCCCAAUGUUGGAGGGACAUCCAGACAAUGGUAAGGAUCAUGGUAAGGUGUGGUUAAAUGAAGCCAAUGGAGAGGAGUCGAGGUGUAGGUCACCUCUACAGUCUGUGGACUGUUCUACCAGCUCCAGUGGUAGCUCUACUACCAGCUCCAGUGGUAACUCUACUACCACCUCCAGUCGUAGCUCUACUACCACCUCCAAUAAAGAUGAGGUUGAUAAUGAAGACAAGAAUGACUUUAAAUCCCGUCUUCGGGUUGUCCAGGUCCUUCGACCAAACAUUAAAUUCCUGUGGGGCAUAGAAGUACUUAAGCAGUCAUUGAAACAUCUGAAUUUGACGAUUAAUCAGCUGGGCUCCGCUGACAGUAGUCCAACAGUAUACCGUGCCGAUGCUGCAUCACAGCUGCUUGAGAUUCUUCCCCCAAAUUUCAAAUACAUACAAGACAUCGGUGUGGCUCAGAAGCCUCAAGAAGACAUGACUCCUUGUACUUCACUUGAAUUCACAUCUGGACUUGGCCAACAGGAAAAGCCCAUUUUGCGUCCAGAGAAGUCCAGACCUAUCGGUACCUUGCAACAUCGUCAGGUAGGUUUGGAAGAGGAAGGGGCUUUUUUGACUUCUGGCCACACCAGGAGCACUACACAGAAGGUGGAUGCUGCAAAGGAGGACGACCCACCAUCAAAGCUUAGAUUUGGUACCGUUCUUCCUUCCAGCUUUAAAUUCACAUACGAACUUGACAAAAAGCAAGAGCCCAAUUUGCGUCCAGAGGACUCCAGUCCUAUCAAUACCUCGCCACAACCUCUGGAAGGUUGGAAAAAUUUAGUGGCUUCUUUCACUUUUGGUCGUGCCAAGAGAACUACAGAGAAGGUGGAUGUUGCGAAGGAGGACGACCCACCAUCAAAGCUUAGUUUUGGUACCGUGCUUCCUUCCAGCUUUAAAUUCACAUACGAACUUGACAAAAAGCAAGAGCCCAAUUUGCGUCCAGAGGACUCCAGUCCUAUCAGUACCUCCCCACAACCUCUGGAAAGUUGGCAAAAUUUAGUGGCUUCUUUCACUUUUGGUCGCGCCAAGAGAACUACACUGAAGGUGGAUGCUGCAAAGCCUAGUCAUCAGGUAGGUUUGAAAGAGGACGUGGCUCAUGUGACAUCAGUGACUGGCAUAAACGGAAAGAGGACGAAGGACAGUGAUGCUGAAGAGCAGCCCCCUGCCAAGAGGACUAAGGAUGCUGUUGCUAAAGAGGAGCUUGCCGCCAAGAGGACCGAAUACAGUGACGAUGCCAGCUGGAAUGAGGUCCUUCGAAGAAUCGGCAGAAGGAUUGCAUGGAGAUAUGGUAAAGAAUGGGAGGACGAGCCUGUUCCGUCAACCCCUCUGUUCAUUCCCUACCGAAAGACAGAAUAUGAAGAGCCCAUUCUGUUAUCCCCUGUGCCCAGUCCCUCACCAAGGACGUUGUGUGAGGAUCCUGGUCUGUCAUCCCCUGUCCUCAGUCCCUUACGAGGUACGGUGUAUGAGGACCCUUUUCGCUCAUCUCCUGACUUCAGUCCCUCACCAUUGAAGCACUGUGAAGAUCCCAUUUUGUCUCCCCGUGUUUUCAGUCCUUCACCAUCAACACACUGUGAAAAUCCAACGAUGUUAUCCCCUGACGUCUGUUUCUGGAUGAAGACUGAAGGGGACAUGGAAGAGGAACCAACACCUUCAACAUCUGGUGGAAUUACAGAAACAGAGAGUUCCAGACACGUGUGGUUUAGACCUCGCUACGUUUUGUCAAGUGACUCUGAUUAGAUUGGGAUCUGUAAAAACUGAAGACCUAUUAGGGAAGUCACAUUAGAACAUCAUCAUUUCUCUGUUGUUUUUUUAUUGAAGCUAAUGGCUUUCUAGCAAGCCUGAGGCAGCCUUUGGUAGCGUCUUGCACCGGGGCUUUUCUUUAUCCCACUGCUAGUUUAUCAUUUUAGCUGUCAAGGAUUCUGGAAGGACUGAGGAAGCAUUAGGCAGCGCCUUGCAUCGGGUUUUCUUCAUCUUUGUGUUUUUCUCUCAACCCCCCCAUGUUUCAGGGUGUAAUAGCGGUUCUUCCCCACACGGUGCUCUCCAAUAUAAUAAAUUAUUCUAUCCCAUUCCUCUACUAAUCGAGUCUCCCAGUUUUUAAUCUUUCAGGUUUUAGAUGCUCAUCGUUGGAUCCUUUUGUCGUCGUCCGUGUGGUUCCUGUCCUUCUGGACCCCUUGUUUUUCACACUGCUUGUUGGAUCUCCUCAGCCUGUAAACCUCCACCUUCAACACCACCAGUCAGGAGGAGGAAGAUAAGAGAACCCAGUUGACAAAAAAAUUGAAUAACAAUUAAAGCAGAAGACCAGCUCCACCUGUAAACCUCCACCUUCAACACCACCAGUCAGGAGGAGGAAGAUAAGAGAACCCCGUUAACAAAAAACAUCACUGAGACAAAACGACAGCACUGGACCAAUCAGGAGAGAGAAGACACAAAGUGACACAAAACAUCCUGCUGGGAAUCCCGAGAUGAAGCAAGGGGACACCUGAGGACACAGAAUAAAGAGACAGAGAUCAUGUGAAGUUGGAUCUCCUCCUGUAAACCUCCACCUUCAACACCACCAGUCAGGUGGAGGAAGAUGAGAGAACCCUGUUGAC